AUGCGAAUAGCGUCAAUAUUGUGUCUGGCUGGCCUCACGGCUGCAGCGACAGAUGCAUCAGGAACCUGUUCGAGCACGGUUUAUAUCACCAAAGCAAACGACGGAAGCUCUCCUACUUCUGCACCCGCGGUUACCGUUGCGCCAGACGGCCGUGGCCAAUUCACGGCGAUUGGCGAUGCGAUCUCAUAUGCUCAAGAAAAGGGCAUUCCGACAGUGACGGUCCUCAGCGGUACAUAUCCAGCUAUCACGAUCGAAUCCACCCCAUCGGUGACUGUCGUUGCGGAAAGCAAAAACAAGUAUGACUACACCGAGAAUCUUGUGGUUGUCUCGAGUGACGCGACUGCUCUCACCAUUUCCGCCGAUGUCGAAGGACUGACGGUCACCAAUAUCAACUUUGUGAAUACCGGAUCAUCUGGAAGCGCAGCGAUUCUUAGAGGAACAAAGCUCGGGUUUUAUCAAUGCCAAUUCAUAUCGUCUAGUGAGUCGGGGAUCAGUGCAAAUCAGGCCUUGGCCGUGAUUGCGAACAGCUAUAUCGAGGCCCCGACAAAUUUAAUUGAAGGAUCGCCGAACAUCUACAUCUUCGACACUGUUAUCGUACCUACAAAAAGCUCCGCAGUGAUUGUAUACACUGAAGGUCCUACGUCGGGCGGCAAGUCGAUUGUAGUGAUCGAUCGCUCCAGAGUCACACAGAAGCCUGGAAAAAAUAACGACAAUGUCUCCCUCGCCGCAGCCUCUGGGCCUGGAGCCGUAGUUGUGUACCGGGACUCUGCUUUGGGAAGCUUGAUUGCCCCGAGUGGCGUCAAAAUCGAUAGGAAUACUCAAAACAACGACAACCUCUACGGCGAAUAUGACACAACGGGAGCCGGUGCUUACAUCAACAACGAGGACGCAAGGUCAGCGUUCGUUUCUGAUCUUGAAUCGUCAGACCUAUCAUCAGUGUUCAUCAGCGCAGUUGCGGCUGACGGAAAUUCGGACACGACCUGGAUUGAUCCUGCUGUUCUGGCUGCUAUUGAGACUGCGGACGUUAGUUCGGGAGGUGGCUUGUCACCCAAUGAUGGGAAUGAAAGCUCUGGUUCUGGAAACGGAUCUGGCAGCUCGUCUGGUACUGGCGAUGGAUCUGACAAUGGGGAUGGAUCAGGCAGUUCAGACUCCGGUAGCUCGUCAGGUAAUGCCGAUGGAUCUGACAGUGGGGAUGGAUCAGGCAGUUCAGACUCCGGUGCCUCGUCAGGUACAGGUAGUGGUUCUGGCACUGGAGAUGGAUCUGGGGAUGGAUCUGGGAGCUCUCGGUCUGGCAGCUCGUCAGGUGCAGGUGAUGGUUCUGGUAAUGGAGACGGGUCGAGCACCUCGGGCUCCGGUAGCUCGUCAGGAAAUGGCGGUGAUUCCGGCAACGGCGGCGGAUCAGGAAGCUCAGGAUCCGAUAGCUCGUCAGCUACGGGAGAUGGAUCAGGGAGCGCGGGGUCUGGCAGUGGAGACGGAUCAGGAUCUACCAGCUCAUCGUCUGGGAACAGCUCAGGCUCCGGUUCGACAGGCUCUAGUGGUGGAUCAGCAGCUAGUGAUGGCUCAGCAUCUGGCACCUCCGGCUCUGGCGAUGGAUCAAGCGCCGCUGGCUCUAGUACGUCGGGUUCGGGUUCUGGAGAUGGAACAGGACCUGGCGGCAGUACCUCAUCGUCAGGUAGUGGAUCUGGCAAUGAUUCUUCAGGGUCGGACAGCUCUAGCAGCUCGGGCUCAGGAUCUGGCUCUGAUAAUGGGUCCGGCUCAAGUGAUGAUAGCUCUGGAUCAAGCAGUUCUUCAUCAGGCGAUGAGUCAGGAACAAAUACUGGUUCAGGAUCGGGGUCUGGAGCGUCAGGGUCUGAUACAUCAGGAUCUGAUACAUCAGGAUCUGAUACCUCAGGAUCUGAUACCUCAGGAUCUAGCGAUGGAUCCGGAACAGGCAGUGCCGAUGGCUCAGGCUCCAGCAGUUCAGGAUCGGGAUCCGGGUCCGGCAGCUCUAGUUCAAGUACCGCGGGUUCAGGUUCUGGCGAUAAUCCCGGCAAUAGUUCAGGGACAGGGUCAAACUCAGGGACCGUCGAUGGAGAUAGUUCGUCAUCCGGAAACGGUUCAGGGUCGAGCACUGGCAAUGGGUCGGGAUCCGGCGACGGCUCCAGUAACGACUCGGGGUCAGGAUCCAGUUCAACUUCUGGCAACGCGUCAGACGGUUCUGGCGAUAAUGCUGGAUCUGGCGGCUCAUCUACUUCUGGCGAUACUUCAGGUUCAAGCACAGGGUCAGGAUCAAGCAGUUCUGGUAGCUCAGAAUCGGGCACUAGCAACGAAUCAGGAUCCGGCGACAAUACAGGAUCUAGCGAUGGAUCUGAUGGAUCUGGUAACUCCGGGUCAGGGUCAGAUUCUGGAAACGGCAAUGGCUCGGGCUCGGGCUCGGGCUCAAAUUCUGAUACUUCGGAUUCUGGCAGUUCUGGGAGUUCAACUUCGGGGUCCACGACCGGUGGAUCUAGCUCUACCGGGGCGGGAUCGGCAUCAUCCACCACCAGUAGCAGUUCAGGCGGGGAUGGGGGAUCGACUUCAUCCUCGGGCAGCGACAGUUCAGAAUCCUCCGGAGGCACCGGCCCGGCAGGGACAGAAAAUGGUGAUUCAGGAUCAUCAUCAACCGGCAAUGGGAGUGGCUCUAGUUCGGCCUCAGGCGACAACGCUGGUGGUGGAUCAGGCUCUUCGUCGUCUGGGGAUGGGUCGAAUGGCUCAGGUGGCAGUGGUGGGUCGGGGUCCUCCAGUGGAGAUGGAAACGGUGGAGGAGGUUCAAGCUCCGAUGAUGAGACUGGAUCGUCCGGUAAUGGCUCCGGCUCCAGCUCUGGGUCAUCAGGAUCAUCAGGGACAGGUUCUGGAUCUGGCUCGUCGAGCGAUGCAGGGUCUGGCAGCAGUGGAGGAGGAGAUGGCUCGGGGACUAGCAGCCCAACAACGGGUUCAGCGACUUCAUACACAACCACUACCGACCCGCCAGGCACGUCAACGACAGAGUCAACCACGACGAUUGACGUGCUUGCCGAUCCUUUCACGACGACAUUCACUCAAAACUCAACAACAACGAUUACUACGACAAUUAAAGGCCCCCCGGUUACCUCGACAGUCAUCGUUCUUGACCUCGGGCUUCUGUCGCUUGCGCUGACUCCAAAGCUACCUGGAGAUAAUUCCACAUCGGCUGCUAGUUCAACGUCUCCAUCGCCGCCGCAGGAGACCACUGUCUUCGUGACAGUUACCCGGACUAUCGCACAAUCCACGAUUACCGUGACUCGAACCGUCACGACCACAGCCAAGCAUGGUCCCCUUCUCGAGCCAUCGACAACCGACCCUAUCGUCACGACUUUGGUGGGUAACGGCACAGUGACGGAAUCUUUGGAACCUACGACUGUCAUUUCCAGCUCCGUGCUGACUGAAACAAACACGAAAACGGUGACCACGACUCUCAGUUGUAUCCCAACAACAAAGCAGAAGAAGCGUGGAUUGCUGAGGCCACGAUCAACUACGGCCUCAACAACUUCCUCCAGUCGCUCCACAGUCACUGCCUAUGUUACCACUUCAACUCUUACCGUCCCGGGAUCAAUUAACCAUGACACAAAUAUCAUCACACGGAUCAAAACUCUCGAACCAAAGACCACUACAGUGGUCUUGACCUCGUUAGCGACAAGGAUGUUAUCAGUGACCGUCCCUGGUGGCAUCAAUUAUAUCACGAUUACUCGCACUACAUCUGUCAAUCAUGGAACGAGCAAACCAGAGUCUCCCCUAAGAGCAGAUGACACCUCAACCCCGGCAGUGAAGUCCUCGACGGCCUUGGAUGAUGCCCUGCAUACCUCCUUGAAAACAACCACCCACACCACCGAGGUCACAGUACAUCCAUCUCCAGCAACCACAGUGAUUACGAAGUGGAUCACUAUCCAGUCGACAUCUACAGAUUCCGCCAUCACAUCCGAACUGAGGAAGACAGUCACACAAUCGAGAACUCCAUCUGUUACCGUAACUUCUCAGAUAACUCUCACGUCGACCAAGCUCGUCAAGACUGUUUCCACAACCUCGACCACGAUCACGAAGACAGCGGAGAAUGCCUCCACUUGCACGAAAUGA